AAAAACGGCUUAAAGGCGACGCGUGGCGCCAUGGCGGCGGCCCCAGGCGCGUGCGGGCGGCCGUUCCCCGCGCUCCUGCUGCUGCUGCUGCUGCCGCCGCCUCCAGGAAGCCCUCGGGGCGCCGCCGCCUACUUCCCCGAGGAGCGAUGGAGCCCCGAGUCUCCGCUGCAGGCGCCGCGGGUGCUCAUCGCGCUGCUGGCCCGGAACGCGGCCCACGCGCUGCCCACGACCCUGGGCGCCCUGGAGCGGCUGCGGCACCCCAAGGCGCGCACGGCGCUGUGGGUGGCCACGGACCACAACGCGGACAACACCACGGCGGUGCUGCGCGAGUGGCUGGUGGCCGUCAAGAGCCUGUACCACUCGGUGGAGUGGCGCCCGGCUGAGGAGCCGCAGGCCUACCCGGACGAGGAGGGGCCCAAGCACUGGUCGGACUCUCGCUACGAGCAUGUGAUGAAGCUGCGGCAGGCGGCCCUGAAGGCGGCGCGGGACCUGUGGGCCGACUACAUCCUGUUCCUGGACGCCGACAACCUGCUGGUGAACCCCGACACGCUGAGGCUGCUCAUGGCCGAGAACAAGACGGUGGUGGCGCCCAUGCUGGAGUCCCGGGCGGCUUAUGCCAACUUCUGGUGCGGGAUGACGGCCCAGGGCUACUACCGGCGCACGCCCGCCUACAUCCCCAUCCGGAGGCGCGAGCGACGCGGCUGCUUCCCCGUCCCCAUGGUGCACUCGACCCUCCUCAUCGACCUGCGCAAGACGGCGUCCCGGCACCUGGCCUUCUACCCGCCGCACCCCGACUACACCUGGUCCUUCGACGACAUCAUCGUCUUCGCCUUCUCCUGCAAGCAGGCGGAGGUGCAGAUGUACGUCUGCAACAAGGCCGAUUAUGGCUUCCUGCCCGUGCCCCUGCGCUCCCACAGCUCCCUGCAGGACGAGGCCGAGAGCUUCUUGCACACGCAGCUGGAAGUCAUGGUGCGACAUCCGCCCCUGGAGCCGUCCCGCCACCUCUCGGUGCCCCCGACGCCGGCCGACAAGAUGGGCUUCGACGAGGUCUUCAUGAUCAACCUGAAGCGCCGCGCAGACCGGCGGGAGCGGAUGCUGCGGGCACUGGGCAUGCAGGGCAUUGAGGCCCGCCUGGUGGAGGCCGUGGACGGCAGGGCCAUGAACACCAGCCAGGUGGAGGCGCUGGGCAUCCAGAUGCUGCCCGGGUACCGGGACCCCUACCACGGCAGGCCGCUCACCAAGGGGGAGCUGGGCUGUUUCCUGAGCCACUUCAGAAUCUGGAAGGAGGUGGUGGACAGAGGCCUGCAGUCGGUGCUCGUGUUUGAGGACGACCUCCGCUUCGAGAUCUUCUUCAAGCGGCGCCUCAUGAACCUCAUGCAGGACGUGGAGCGAGAGAGGCUGGACUGGGACCUCAUCUACGUGGGUCGGAAGCGGAUGCAGGUGGAGCACCCCGAGAAGGCCGUGCCCCGCGUCCGCAACCUGGUGGAGGCCGACUACUCCUACUGGACUCUGGCCUACGUGCUCUCGGCCCAGGGCGCCCGCAAGCUGCUGGCCGCGCAGCCCCUGACCCGGAUGCUGCCCGUGGAUGAGUUCUUGCCCGUCAUGUUCGACAAACACCCAGUGUCCGAGUACAAGAGCCACUUCUCGCCCCGCGACCUGCGAGCCUUUUCGGCCGAGCCGCUGCUCGUGUACCCCACGCACUACACGGGCGACGACGGCUACGUGAGCGACACGGAGACCUCGGUGGUGUGGAACGACGAGCGCGUCAAGACCGACUGGGACCGCGCCAAGUCCCAGAAGAUGCGCCAGCAGCAGGCGCUGAGCCGCAAGGCCAAGAACUCGGAUGUGCUGCGCUCCCCGCUGGACAGCGCCGGCAGGGACGAGCUCUGAGCGCGUCCCGGGCAGGGCGGGCAUGGGCACCGGGCACCCGCCGCCUCCACUGUCUCCAGACUUGCACGCUCAGGGCUCUGAGCAGACACAGCGGUCCUCGGGAGCCAGGGAGGGGCUUGGGCCCGGGAGAUUCAGGGGACUGAGAUUUACAGGCAGAGACACAGGAAGGGCGGAGAGAUGCAGGGACAGACACAUGCACAGAGAUACACUGAUGCAGGCAGAGUGAUAGAGAGAUGCAAGGACAGACACGCACACACAGAAAUGCAUGCUGGUGGAGAGACGGAGAGACACA